AAAGACAAAACAGUUUGUAUUAGAAGCAAUGUUCUGUAGUAAAACCAUCCAUUAAGAUCUGACAUGAAUUUCUUCACCUCCGUCUUCUCCGACGACCCAGAUCCUCCGGAAACCGAAUCAGAGUCCGAUGAGCAAUCUAAUCCCAACGACGACGACGGAGGAUGGAGCUUCGGCGGUCUGAUGAAAACCAUAGCCGACAGAUCCGAGUCCGUGAUCGAAACGUACCGGCGAGAUCUAGAAGAGUUCGGGACAGGUUUAAAGAAAGAGAUCGAAGUCGCGCAGGGAUCGCUCGGCACCGUGGGACACGCCAUCGACGAGCUUGGGAGCUCGGUGAUAAAAGGCACGGCUGAGAUCAUCGCUCAAGGUAAAGAAGCGAUCUUAGCCGCUGGUGAUAACGAAUCUGAUUCUUCUGAUAACAACACUAGCGGUAGUAAUCGUCGUGAUAGCUUUAGCUCGAAGCCGUAUAGUCGUUUCGAUGCUCAGGUUCGCGCUGUUCAAGGGGAUGUUAGUACUUAUAGCGAAGAGGCUGAGGAUGAUUCAGAUGAGUACAAGAAGUGGGAAUCUGAGUUUUCUUUGGAGGAGAAAGGUGAGGAGAUGGAGAUGUUGUUGGAAGGGAAUGGGGAGAUGAGAGGAGUGUAUAAGAGGGUUGUUCCUAGUGUGGUUGAUCACGAGACGUUUUGGUUUAGGUAUUUUUAUAAGGUUUAUAAGCUUAAGCAAGCUGAGGAUUUGAGAGCUAAUCUUGUGAAACGAGCAGCUUUGGAUGAUGAGGAAGAGUUGAGCUGGGAUAUUGAUGAUGAAGAGGAGGAGACUAGUGAGAUAGUUGCCAAAGAUGUUUCAAGAUUGAAACUUGAGGGGAGUGAUGAUACUGGUAGUGGAGACGUGAAAGAUGAUGUGGCAAGUGCAGAUUCAGUGACUGAAGUGAGCAAUGUUGGUUUGAAGACAGAUACAGAUUCUGAGGAGAAGAAGGAAACUGGUAGUGAGGAAGUUCCAGAAUCAAUAAUAGUAGUUGAUGCUGCUCCUUCUCCUGCAGCUGAUGAGUCUUUAAUUCAAGAUUCGGACAAAAGACACGAGGCUGUUCCAGAAUCUGAUGAGAGUGCUCCAUCCCAUGAAGACUCAGAUAAACCAGAUGUUGCUGCUUCUUCAUUAGCACAAGGGUCAGGUAAGCCAGAUGGUGCUGCUUCUGCAACAACUCAAGAAGAGGAUUUGGGAUGGGACGAGAUAGAGGAUAUGAGCAGCAUCGAUGAUAAGGAAGCGAGUAGAGCUUCUGGUGGUAGUCCAAACAGAGCUGAGCUGCGUAAACGGCUGAGUGCUGCAGAGGAAGAUGAAGAAGACUUAAGUUGGGACAUUGAAGAUGACGUCUAAGAAUCAUCGUCACCACCAUCAAAAGGUUAAAUCUAGUUUCAUACUAGAGUACUUGUUUUUGUAAGUUUCUGGUCAUUUGCCUCCAUUCUUCUGUUGUUUUCUCUUUAAUGUUCUGUUUAAUUUGAUUUGAAUAUAUAUAUGCAAAACAUUUGUUUGAUCUCAAAAUAGUGCGACUCCAAGUUCCUAAUCA